AUGUCACAUCAGACUGCGAUACGAACAGAUGAACUUCAUGGCCAAGUGAUUGAAGUUCAAGAUAUUGUGGAAAAAAAUAUUGGACAUAUGCUGAUAUUGCGUGAUGAAGAGCUUGAAAAGCUUCAAAAACAAUCAGAAUGUUUGAAUAAACAAGCACAUAUAUUUGCCGAAAAUUCAAAAUUAUUAGAACACAAAAUGUCAUGGAAAAAUUAUAAAAAAGUAUGGAUUAUUGCGAUUAUGAUACUUAUCCUCCUAAUCAUUUUCAUCAUUAUUAGUAUAACAUUAGCAAGUAGAUGA